CUUGGGCCCGCACUGGUCUGCGAUUGGCGAAAGUGAACGCAGGGCGGAGCCUUAGGUGAAGCGUGUGCAUGCGCAGGUCACGUAAUUAGGUGCGACCUCAGUGCUUGGCGUUUGGGCCAUGGCGGUCUCUCUCCUGCUCCGGGGAGGACGAAUCCGGGCGCUGAAGCCUGUGCUCCUGGAGGCAAGGGUGUUCCGAGAACUGGCUUCUACAGUGCCCCUCUCUACGGAGUCAGGGAAGAGUGAAAAGGGAACACAACCAAUUCCCAAGAAGCAAAGCGCACCCAAAGAUGUGGUGGGAGCAGAGGAGAGGGGCAAGCUCCUAGCCACCCACACGGCAGCGGCACUGUCCAAAAGCACAUCUCCACCCGGUUCUUACCCAUCAGUGGAGAACACAGGUGGGGCUGUAGCUGGCCUGCACCCUGGUGGCAGCCGGCUGCUCACAGACGAAGGGCUUCCGAAGCGUUUGUCAAGAAAGACUUUGGUAGAGUUUCCCCAGAAAGUUCCAUCUCCACCCCGAGCACGGGGUUCUGACUCUGAGGCUCGGCAGAAGGUGACAGGUGAUUCACCCUCAUCUUCCUCAUCCAGCUCCUCAGAUUCAGACUCCGAUGGAGAGGAACCCAACUCAGACGUUCGUCACCAAGUGGCAAGCAAAGGCAAGGCAGGGUUUUCCAAACCAGAGGCCUCCCGUGCCUUCGAGAAUGCAGCCCCUAAAAUAACGGCUCCUGCAAAAGAGAAACCCAGGGUGCAAAAGCCACACACAGCCGUCUCCUACCCAGAGAAGUCCCUACAGCCAAAGAAGAAAGGGACCUUCACCAAGCUUGGAGAAGACCACAGAGAAACCAGGUCCAGGCCUGCAACACCCAGUUCACGAUCCACUGAGAUUUCGGAGGAAAAUGUGGAGGAAGAGCCCCAGCGGGGGAAACCGAGACCAAAUAAGACAGGGAAGGAAAGGCCAAAGCCAUUUGAAGCCGAAGGAAUCUUACUCGACCACACAAAAACCAGGCCAUCUGCCCAGCUCACUAGUGGCCCAGUGCCCACAAUGAGAACACAAGAGGACAGUGUAGAACAGCUGCCAGCCGCCGCCCCGGGGGCUGGAGGAGCCAGACAUCUGGAGCCGGAAGUGCCAGAGCCCGAAUGGAAGGCAGCCUCUCCCGUGGUCAGAAAAGAAAGCCUGGAGAAGCAGGUGCCAGAAGGACGCUCAAAAGCCAAGGAGGAAACCUUGGAAGAUCAGAAACUAGGGAGAUAUUUGAAGACAGUUCCUGCCCAGAAGAAAGAUACCUUUGAUGAAAAAGCAGGACCACAGCUGGAGGGGCAGUUCCAGGAGGCAGUCGGUGAAGCCCCGCCCAUUGAUGCAGGCCCACCCCAGGAAAUCCCAGAUGACACACAGGAACCUGCGCCCACCGACACCAGCACCUACAAGAACCUGCAGCAUCAUGACUACCACACGUACACCUUCCUUGACCUGAACCUGGAUCUCUCUAAGUUCAGAAUGCCACAACCCUCCUCAGGACGAGAGUCGCCUUGGCACUGAGCUCACCUCGGGGCAGCCCCAUGCUGGUCCCAUGAAUUCUUGCCUGU